GUGUCGGCCAGUUUUGAGGCGGGUUAUAUAACCUAUAGUAUAGUGCCGCCGGUUACAGAGGAAUGUGAUCUCACAUACGAAUUUAAGGCUCCAGUCUCUUUCAACGGGAUACCGAGCUAUAGUCUACUGUUGUAAAUGUGGCACCUGCCGGAGUAUGUACGGAGAAGCCGCCGGAGACCAGCCCCUGUGCGGUAAUUGUUUGUCAUGUCCCUUCAUGCCCUUGCGUUGACUGUGUAUUCAAGAGAUAAAACUGAAGACUGAGAAGAUGCCAGAAAGUUAACACUCCUCAGUAACAUCUGCACAGAGAUGAAGACCAUGGAUAUUCCAAGUUCUCCCUUCAACAUUCUCCCAAGAAUGGCAUCAGUUCAAUUUCCUUCAGAUGAAUUGCCCAGACCAGCAGUGAUAGGAUUAUCAGGGAGUUGUGGCUCAUACCCAGACAGUGCUACAGCAAUCAAGGAAAUUCUAUCUUCUGUUUUAAACAUCCCUAGUAGUAUAAAAUCUAUAUCUGCAGAUCCACAGGAUGACAGUGAUCUAGAGGACUGGGAAGACAGCACUAGUGGUGACUUGAAUGAUGACUCUGACAGUGAUUCUGACUGUGAUCAAUUUACUUGUAGUCUACUAAAGGACAUGCAGUUUAAAAGGUCCAACAUAUCGUGGGACAACCUGCAGACAGAGGGUACUGAAGCUGUGCCAACUGAUCUAAUCACUGUGCCAUCACAUGUUGCUGCUGCGAAUGCACUUCAAAAUCUGCCUGAUAAAACUCCACAAGUGAACUUUUCUGGUCAACAAAAGGAUGCACGAAGAUUUUCUUCACCAAAUAUUUCAAGCCUCCGUUUUGAUCAAAGCACGAUUAAUUGUACAUCUGCCAUACCGGAUUUGCCCAUUAGUGUUGCUGUGUCAGGUGCUGACCUGUGCAGUAACGAUGUUCAACUGUUACGUCGAAGGUCACAGUCCUUUUCCAGUAUUCUAAAAGCUCUAGAUACGUCAUUGACUGCAAGUACAGAAAUACUGAACCAAUCAACAGAAAAUACAUUUGAACCUACAGUGAACCUCGAAAAUGAAAACGCUCAUUUCUUGGUAGCGGACAUAUUUAUAUCAGUUGUCGAGAACCUGAAAAGCGGAAUACAGAGCAUGCAUUAUGAGCAGUUGAUUGCGGAUAGUAGAGCUGGGUGUUUGCACUCGUGUAAAAAUCGCACCAUGGACCUUGUCACCCCCAGACAGAAAAAACUUUCAGAAUCUGCAGCAUCUUUUGACAGCGGAUAUGAGGGUUUAUUUGCAAUGCAGCACAAUUUUCCUCCAGAUUCCUUUACAGAACACAGCUCUAAGCUUUUUUGUGAAUGGCCAAGCUUUACAGAUACCGCAGUAGAAGAACUUGAACACCCUGCUCUAUGGCACCAUUCCUGUAUGGAUUAUAGUUUAGAACCUGACUCUAAACAUAGAGCUUUUUGGCAGAACCCCCCUGUUGAUAUGAGCACUACACACAAUUCAAAUCAUGCUGCAGGUUCGCAAAAUCCUCCUAGUGAUGUUGUAGAAGAAAAUACUGCUGAUGAUAAUACCAAAUGUUGCUUGGCAUGUGAAGGCUGUAACGAAUUUGACGAAUUUGUUAUUAUUGAAAUGGUAGAUGACAAAUACCCUGGGGAAGCUGCUAUGGAAUCGGUUGACAAGACUGAUCGGGAGAACCCUGCUCCAGGCUCCAACUCUGCAGAACAAACACUGAAAAAGCUUUACAGGGGUUUCCGUCGGCAGUGGCUUCAGUAUGAAGCAGAAAUUGCACUGGUUGACCCACCUGCCCUAAAUACAGAGAAUACUAAAGACUUUUUGCCAGAAGAGUUUGAGUCGAGUUUGACUUUGACAGAGGAGAUAAGAAAGUUUAGGAUGAGGGAAGCAGAAGAAUGGGCCCCACCUCGCUUUCAGAUAAUAAAUACCAUUCACCCUUCCCCUAAGAGAGAUGUAAUUGUAGCAUCCCAAAAUAACAUGUGCACUGGCUGUGGAACAAAGGUAGAGCCAAGGUACAAUAAUAGGCUGCGGUAUUGUGAAUAUCUUGGAAAGUAUUUCUGCGACUGCUGUCACAGCAACUCUUUGAGUUUUAUACCUGCUCAGAUUCUGUUGAAAUUCAACUUCGGCAAAUACCACGUCAGCAACUUCUCGAAAAAUGUUGUGGAUAGUAUAUGGCAGAGCCACAAAUUCAACGUUCUUACUGAAAACCCUGAAAUCUACAAGAAAGUCAAAGAUCUAAACAAAAUUAAAGAACUGCAGGAGAGACUGAUUUCUAUCAAGAGGCUUCUGUGUAUUUGUAGAUUUGCGAGAAGCUUGCUAAAGGAAUUUAAAGACAUCCCCUCUCACCUGACUGAAGAGCUCGAUCUGUUCACAUUAAGUGACCUGUUUAAUGUUAAACAGAAGCUGCUUCUUCCAGCCCUUCGGGAGCUUAUGGCCACCUCUGUCACUCAUGUUGCUAAUUGUGAGCUGUGUCAAGCAAAGGGUUUUAUUUGUGAGUUUUGCCAUAGCCCUGAUGUCCUCUUUCCCUUCCAGAUGGAAAUGUGUAGAAGAUGUGAGGUUUGCAAAACCUGCUAUCACAAGAAAUGCUUCUACACCGGGGAUUGCCCUAAGUGCUGCAGAAUGGAAAGGAGAAAAGCCCUAAAGAGAAGUCCGUCGCCAAGUCUACAGCAGAGUGAAAGGAAACCAGUGCAAUGAUGUGUUGCUGCAGGGUUUUUAUACCUCAAUCUGUAUAUUAUGCACAGUUUAUUUAAGAAAUCAACAGAAUUUUUGUAAGCUCCUUUUAUUUUGUAGAAGUUUUAGGGUUUAUUUUUUUUAUUCAUAUUUUAACAGCCUUUUUUAAUGUCUCAGAUGCUGAAUAUUUUUAAGAAUGACCACUAGCUUAUACUUUUAUCACCUACCAGCUCUGCUAGUACUGCCUGAUUCUACUGGAUACUACACCAUAAGGAUUAGGGCAUCUGAGUAGAACUAAAUCCUAAAAUCAUUUUUUUUAAAGUUUUCAAUGUUACACGCAGAGUGGGGAAUUGGAAAAAUCUAAACUUCUGCUUUGCUUCUGAACUGCACUGAUUAUAUAGGCGUUUUACCAAAGGUCUCCCCACCUGUUACGUUUUCUAAUCAUUUAAGUCAGGUGACCAUAUGAGACCAUUGGGACAUCCAUUCACGUGACCCACUAUUCAUGUUGCAAACUUCACACCUUUUGCACUUCUUUCCUAUAUUAACUUCCAAGAGACUGUCAUAGCUGCCCGCUGCUCUGACUUCAUGGGAUCUGGUCCAAGCAAUAAUUUAGGAAGUUAUCUUAUUUGACCCCUUCUGACAUUAUACUGACUCAGUCAAUGACAUGACUUGGGAAGGCACUUUAAUUUCCUUGUACCUGAUCUAAAGGAGCACACAUGAAGCAAGUGAAGCAGCAGCAGUGAUACUCUAAUGGAAGCUUACAGCAGCCACCGGGCAGCAUAGGAAACUAUUAUCAUAUCUGUCUAACCUUUGUUUAAAAAAUAAUCUUUGUUUUCUGUGGGGUUUUUUUUACAUUUGUAUUUGCACUUUGACUUGUCUUGUGCCAAAUCACCAUGACAUCACCUAUAUUUUUUUUUACAUGGAUGCCCCAAGUAUUUACAGUAGAAGAGGGUUUCCCCAACUAUAUUUAUGUAGGAACAUUCUUAUUUUUCAUUAGUUGUUUUUUUUUUUCUUUAAACAAAUGUCCUAGUUUUGCAGCUUUGCAUUAUUAAAAUAAAGAAUGCAAAGAAAA